AUGAGAAGGCCAUAAUCUCCAGAUACAAUGAUAAUUUCAUUUUAUGAUCUAGAUUUACCCAAAAAUUAGACUUUAAGAACUUAUAAAGUAUAAUACAAUACAACAAUAUUGGAUAUCAAGCAAUACAUUAAAAACAAUUUGAAUGAUAAUUAUGAAAUUUUAUUAUAUUUUGAGAAGGAUAAAUAAUAUAAUGGAGACCCAAAUAGUUAUGUAAUUAAACUUAUGGGUAGUUUGUAAAAUAGAUAAAUUACUUAUAAAAAGGUAUUAUCUAAGAAAUUAAAUUAUAUCUAAAAAUAAUACUAGAUUGAUUAGAAUGAUGAUAAUAAAUAAUUUAAUAAUAAUAGUAAUAUUUUUGAAAGAAACACUUAGAGUGAACAUUUAUCUCAACCAAUAAAUAAAAAUUAAUAAGCCUAAAGUAGUUGGAAUUAGUCUUCAAUUAUUUAAGCAAAAGGGCCAUCAUAACAAAAUUAUAUUACUAAAAUUGGAAUUAAUGAAUACAUUUAAAAUCAUAAUAAUCAAGUAAAUGAAUUUGGCAAUUAAAAUUCUCAGUAAUUUAUUUUUCUAUAUAGAAUUUAAAAUAAUUAGUAAAGUAUAAAUCAACAAUAACUAUAAAACUUAGAUUAAUAAAACAAAGAAUUGAAAUAUUAAAACUCUCAAUUAAAGUAAAAAUAAUAUCAUAUACUAGAACUAAAUUGUAAGAUUAUGAAAAAUAAUUAAGAUAAUACGAAAAUGAAAAUCAAAACAUAAAGAAAGAAAGAGAUAAUUAAAAGUAAAAUGUAUAAUGGAAUCUAAUUUAGGCAAUUAAAUUAACAACAAAAUUGUAAAUUUUUCGAAGACUAUUAAAAAUUACAAACAGAAAAUAGCUACUUAUAAAAUUAACUUUAGAUAACAAAACAAAAAUUUUAAUAAUAAAUUGAAACUUUAAAUAAAGAAAUAGAUGAUUAUAAAGCCCAAAUAAAGAUGAAGAAUGUUUAAAUAAGUCCUAAAUUAGAGAGUAAAAAAGAUCAAUAUUCAAUUGAAAGUUCAUCAUUACUCUAAUCUAAAUACUAGAAUAUAAGUACUAUAAAAAUAAUUAGUUUAAGAUUAACAAUAAAAUAAUUACAGAAAUAAAUGUGGCCAUUAUUUAGAUAAAUCUUAAAUACAAGCAUAAGUAUAUUUUGCAAUUAAUGGAAAUAAAAUAGUUUAAUGCAAUAUUUGUUAAGCUCCACUUUAAUCCAAACUGUGUUUAUUGAUUGAAGAUUAUGGUAAGAUUAGUUUGGAAAUAAAAUCUUAAAUUGAAAUUAGGAAUAUUUCAUAAAAUAUAUUUAGAAGUUUAAAAUAUCAUGAAAAGAUUAUAAAGUGUGAAAACAAUAAUUGUCAAUUCUUUUGCAUUUGGUAAAUUAAUUAGAAACAAAUUCAAAAAUAUAAUACAAGGUAGAUGGUCUAAACAAAUGGAUUUUGCCCCAUAUGUUUAAAAUAUAGUAUAAUCAGUCCUAGUCCUGAAAUAUAAUCUCCAAUGUAUAAGACAUAAUAAAAUUUUUUUAGAAAAUCUUGA